UCUAUCCAAGAUGGUGAAUCUGCUCGGCAUCGGUGUGCUGCUAGCAUUCAUGAUGUCCGGAGUCGCCUUCGCCAUGAUGUUUGUGAACUUCCCCGUGGCGUGGCCCGGUUUGACCUCAGCAGUGGGGAAAGAUUUUGUGAAGGUGGCGACGCCCAGCAGUCUCCGUCUGCAGUGGGACCGCGUCGGAGGGGGGAACGACGCUGAAGGGUACAGCCUUUACAUCUGGGACCUGCCCUUACUCUCAGAGGUCACCCUCCCUCCGGUAGACGUGGGCAACGCCAGUGAGGAGAUUGCCGACUUUGGGGGACUUCAGACGCGCUCCACGUACAAGGUGGAAAUCUACACGAAAUCGCUAGGUGGCGGUGUUUUCUCGCAGCUGCUGUACGGAGGUACCUACACGACAGGAGUCGGCGAGACGAGGAUCGGCGUGAACGUGUCGGCUGUGUACCGCGGGGCCGUGCCGCCUCCAUAUACGGUCACGGUACGGCGGGACGGGGGCGCCACAGGCAGACUGUACAAGGUCUCGCCAGCGCAGUUGGGGACCAGUCAGGCUGAGUACGAGGUGACGGGGCUGGAGCCGGGCCGGCCGUACCGGGUGGAGGUCUGGGCGGUCCGUGCGGACGGGGAGGAACGGCUGGCAUACCUCUUCAUGACGAGCACAUCCAGCCAAUGACUGGCCUCUCUCUUCAU